CAACGAUUCAGUUAUCUCCGGACACGCCAUCGACGAGCAACACAUUUUAUUCUCUCCUCGUAAAAUUUUAUUCGGCACAUUCGGUACGACCGAUUUUUAUCGGUUAUGAAAUCUUCUUAGUGACCAUUAAAGCGCGACACUUAAAUGUGCCGUUUCCACGCGUUCAUUGAGUCCAAAUUAUUUUAACGCCGUCGUACAUUUCGGAAAGUCGCAAAGGAGCCAUCGUCCAGAUUUCUGCAUUGUCCAGAUCAUCGCGCCAGAUGAUUAACGAUUCGUCGGUAACGAGCUUCUUGAGAUCUUUGACUUUUCCGAGUUUCUCUUCGAAUUUCUUGCGUCUUGUUGCUGGCUGAUCUUCGAAGUCCUUGCGAUCGCUCAUGAAACGUAGUCAUACUAUCAAUUUGGAACAUUUUUGGAAAAAACCAACGAAAGAGGAGGGACUGAGAAACAAUGACAAAGCCAAAAAUGUCGGCUCUUGUGGCCUCCGCCAUUCGCAAUCUACGGGAGAUCCGCGGUUCCACGUCAAAGGAAAUCAUGAAUUACAUUAAGUCCCAAUAUAGCGGCAGUUCGGAUUCUUCUAUACAAAAGCAGAUAUAUACUGCUUUGAAACGUGGCUUGGACUACGGUAUCCUAAAAAGGGACCGUGGUUAUUAUAGCCUGAAUCUCGAUCCCGACUUGCUGUACAAAGCACCCACUGCGCCACCCUCGGAGCAAGGUAGAGGACGAGGACGAGGAAGACGAAGGAGACGAAGACGCCGACGUGGAGUAUCGCGACGAGGCAGGAGGAGGAGGAGGAGGAGGGGAAGGGGAAGGGGAAGAAGCAGAGGAAGAGCAAGAGGAAGAGGAAGGGGUAGAAGACGAAGAAGGAGAAGGAGGAGCAGAGGAAGAAGCCGAGAAAGUCCUCCAUUAACAACGAGGUCCUUGAUAACCAAAUGCAAGUCCUGUUCAACCAAGAAGCGCACAGAAGACACCCUGAGGAAAACACCAAUGGAGACCCUCCGGGAGGACAUGACUUACUUGUACAACAAGGAUACAAAAAACCACAAAUUACAAACGCCAUCCAGACAUCAGAGCCGAGAUCGUAGUCGGAAUCGAAGUCAAACACGUAGCCGAUCAACCAGUAGCGAAAAGAUGGGUGACGAUCAGUCGUGAACAUCUGCGCGAGAAAGAAUCUGAGAAAGAAAAAGGUUUUGAUUCUAUGCAGUCGUAUAUUUUUUGUCUCUAAAGCUAAUAUUUAUAUUCAAAUUUUUAAAAAUGUAUAUCUCAGAUGCUUGCAAAGCACAUGUAUAAUUUAAUGUUUCUUUCAUGAAAACUUUGAUUUUGGCUCAAAACAAAAGUAAAAUUUCGUUAUUUUAGAAUCAAGACUGCAAAGAAUUAAAUUUUCGACGCGAUGGUUACCAGGAUGAAGCAAGGAUAACUCUUAUCUAUUUUGUCUUACUUUAUGCGCGAUAAAUUAUAGUGGCGGUCCGGAAUGUAUGUCGCCAAGCGACCUUGUUUUAUAGUCUUUGAUUUUUUGCAAAUUUUAUAUAUGUUUCUGUUUAUACAUUGGUAAAUUAUACACUAUUAUAACAAUA